UGAUGAAGCUAAUGGUCACAGCUGACAGCUACGAAAACCAGCUGGUGCAAUACCUGUAGCAAAAAUAGCCCUGAAAAAGAUAUACCGCAGCGUGUUAUCCUAGAAGAAUAAGUUGGAGACGAAGAAAGAGAGUUUAAAUAGGGAGGAACCAUGAUGGGAAGGACUGUAAUAGCGGAGGAGAGUUUGCAGGACAGACUUACCGCCCUCGCGAAGGUUGGGACUUUCCAGAUUGGACUGCUGAUUGGCCAGAAUGCAAGAGAUCGGGACUACCUUGUUCACCUGGCCCCAACCCCCAUACCAGACGAGGGUGAUCUCAGCUCGGAAGAGGAGGAUGCAGUGCCACACAGCCCAAAGACGGAGCAUGGCAAGUCCAAAGUCCCCGAGUCUAUCUCCAAGGUUGUUGAUGCCAUCGUCGCCCAACACACCAGGCAGGUUGUGCGCAUGCUACCGGGAGGGUUGGAUGUCAUUGGCCUUUUUGUGGUGACACCUCAGUCGGACUAUGACACUUCCCAAAGCCAGUCCAAAAUCAGGUCGAUUUUGGGUGCAGUUCACAGAACUGCGGCAAAGAUCCUGCUGGAGACUGCUGAACUUCGCACUGAGAAGAUUAUCCUGCAUGUUUGUACGCAGUCCUUCAAAUGCACAGUGAAGACAGUAGAUGUAUCCCCCACGGCAGUCGGCAUUCAGAACAGUGCCGAGCUCAGGUUCCACCGCGGGGGCGUCAAGUGGCAGCAGAUCAGCUAUUCCUACAACAUCAAUCUCAACUUCUGGUUGCCGAAGGACAAGUCUCCACAGUCACUUUAUAAAUUGAUACUUUCCCUGAUCAAGCCAUGGGCUCAGAGCGUGACCAAGAGCCUAAUCCUGAUUGACUCGGAGCUGCAAAACAGCUACGACUUUCUGGACCCCUAUGCGGAGGAGAAGCAGACCAAGAAGAAGGGGAGUGGCGGCAGUGGGGUCAGGGGAGGGAUGGCGGACUUGUCUCCCCCCAAAGUCUUCACAGCCGAGAUCCUUGACUCGGGUGCACCCUUAGCUGUGGAGGGGCCUGGCUCUGGCCUCGAGGAGAGCUCAGGAAACGUGAGGCUGGCAGGCACGGUGGCUGGCCUAGCCUUUGUGCACUCCAAGGCCACUGUCGGAGAAGCCAAAUCGUCCGUGCUCGUCGACCUGGUGCGCUCGGUGGUGGCCCGAUGGGAGAUGCACUGCGACUCUCUCGUGGAAGAGCCUCCCUCGAACCUAGUGGGCCCAAUCAUCCAUGAACCUCCUCGUCGCGUCUUCCUUGAAGGAGGUGGUCUUCCUGUCAGUCUCUGUGACUACCUGUUUCCUGGGGACAAUACUACAGAUGCGUGUCAGUCGGCCAAAGAGCUGCUCGGGCUGACAGUUCGUGCAGAGCAUGUAGAUGACACGCUAGAAACCUUGGCUGAUGCCACAGAAGUGAUGGACAGCGGAGAAGGAGGUGUGGGAGAGGACCCACGACUGGGCGGCGACAGGUCCAGUGCAUCGCCCACGUGCCCAGUUUCAUACAUCCUCCUGGCGUCCGGUGUUGCUGCUCUAGGCAUUGCUUUCUCUUAUGUCACGCUCCAGAGCUCAAAAGCGUUGACUUAAGGUUGAAUUAGGUUGUGGCAGAACUUUUUUUUUUUUUCUGUUUUUCUUUUUCUUAUUAUUUUUUGUGAGUUACUAUUCAAGGGACUGCAAGUUUAUUUAUCAGCUUUUAUGAGCUUUUUACAUGAAGAUCACUAUAUAAUGGGAUUAUGUCAAGAGACAUAACUAGGUAGUUUCUAUAAUUUGAAUGUUUGUUUCUUUGUCUAUUUGUAUGUGUGUAUUUUGUUUUGAAUUUGUUUUGUGUUAUAGCAAUACAAGAAUUAUCAUGUCAUGAGAAGACCUAAUUAUCCAGCAUGUUUCCAUACAUUUUUUAAGUAAAUUUUUAUUGCCUCUUUAGUUUUAUUUUUAUUAUUCAGUUGGUUGCGCAAGAUGAUGUAAAUAGAUUAAGAUUUGAAUGAAGAGAUAUAUUUGGAAGAGUUUAAAAGAAAUAAUUUAUUAUUAUUAAGGACCAUUGGAAUGUUUGUGAAUAUCAUAUCAAGUCUAUCAAUAAUGAAAUCAAACACACAAAAAGAAAAAAGAAAAAAGAAAAGGAAAAUCUUUUUACAAAACGAGAUCAGACGCACAGAAAAAUCAUUAUAUAUAAAAAUUGCCAGUGAGUUUGGAGUUUUCAAACAAACAAGCAAACAAAAUACAUGAACUACAACAUUACCAUGAAUAUGAAAUCAUUACUAGGAGAAACAGAUUCAAGAUUUAUCAAAAUACAAGUUGGAAUGGAGAAACACUUUUCUGCCUGCUUUGUGUGUGUUGCAGCUUCUGAGUGCAGCAAGUCCAGUAGAGGUUAAGGAGACACAAUCAGACGUACAAAGGCGCUUCGGAGUCUGUAAAGAUCCCCAGUGCUCUGUAAGGGAAUGCCUUUUUAAAUGAUAUUUCUUUCUCUCAUCUUCUGUUAGUUUUUUCAUCUUUUUUCUUUUGUUUUUCUCUCUUUCCAUACUUUUCGUUGUCUCUGUCUCUUCUUUUAGUUUUUUGUAUAAUCUUUUUUACUUUUUGUUAUCUUUUUUUUGUAUCCCAGGAUUUAAUCGCUCAUAUUCUGUUGUUGUUUUUUUCUUCUCUUAUUUUCUCUCUUCCCUUUCUUUCUUUUUUUUUCUUUUUCUACUUUUCUUAUCCUUUGCCUUUUUCCUCCCUCCCUUUCUCUCUCUUUCUCUUGCCUCUUUUUCUUUUCCUUGCUUUUCUUUCUCUUCUCCUUUCUAAUUUCUUUGGAAGUGUUGUAAUUUACACUACAGAUGCCAAGCCAUGACAGAAUUCACUGACUGUAAUAAAGAUUUAUAUUUUUUUGGAUUUAUUAAUUUAUUUGUAUAUUUAUCAGCCUUUUGUAAUAGUUUAAUUUUUCAUUUGAAUAUGCAUAAUUUUUUUUCUUAUGCUGAAUGAAAUCUUGUGAUUCUAUUUGAUGUUCUAAAUAUUUUUUUUAGCGGAAUGCCCAUUACCCACUUUCUGCAAGGCUGUUGUAUGCAAUAUAUAAAUGUUCAGAAGGCAUUUUUUUUUAUACUGUUGCCAAGUAGUGCAUUCUUCAAAUAGAAUUUACAGGUGUUUGUUGCCAAUUGUGCUUCCUCUUCAUCGUUCCUUAAGGUGAUGUGAUAUUUGUUGCCUUUUUAUUUUAUUUGUUUCGCAUCUAGCUUAUACUCUUAUCCAUUAAUGGGUAUGAUAUAAUGUACAGGUAAAGGUUUAAGAUUUUUUAUAUAGCAGUUAGAAUGCAGAGGGAUGAAAUAUAUAAUUAUUGAUGAUAAUAAUAACGAAAACAUAAUUUGUGUUGUGUUGACGUACACUAACCCCCCAAAAAUAAAUUGACCUCAAACUUCCGGGAUUUGUUUCCCAAGUUUUGCUUUGUGCCGAAGCUUAAUUUUGUGAUGGUAUUUAUUUUGAUUCUUAUUAAUUUUCCCAUAUUGCGAUUUAAGAUUUUUUUUUUUUUUUUUUUCGUUGUCUUCUUUGUAAAGACUUUUUUUUAAGAUGUAAGAAGAAAAAAUUAUAAAUGCAUUUACAGUGACAGUGGCAUGAAGAUAUUGAGUUUCAUUUUGUUAGCAUUGUAAGAAAGACUAUCAAAAUCUUAAGUAGUCCAUAUCUGGUAUCUGUAUCAUUUUAUCUGAGCGACAUUUAUAUGUUCAUGGUUAUACACAAGUGCGUGCGGGUGAGUGUGUGUCUGUUUAUCUGAAAGUAACAGGAGUGUGAAUGUGAAUGCUCAUGGAUAUAAAAAAGUGCUCUGUUAUGUGUCUGUUCAUGUGUUUACCAGUUAUGUGUAGGUGAUUGUAUGCACAAGAAUGUAUAUAAGUUGUUUCAUCUGGAGUGUAUGUGAAUGACAAUGCAUAAUACCUAUAUAUGUAUAUCCAUCAUCAUGAACUUUCCCUUUAUAAUAUAAACAAGGGAUUUUUAUUAAAUGGUAUUGGAGAAAUGAUUCAUGAUAUUAAAUACUUAGGUCACUGUAGAUUAAUAAGAUAACAAUAUGUGAUAAAUAUGAAAGCAAUGCACUUUACAAUCACAAAACAAUCCAUUAUAGUUUUCAUCAGAAGACUCAAUUCUUUCCAUAAGUAAAAAAAAUGUAGAUGUCUUGUUUAAUUUUGUACAGAACUAAUUAUUUCUGUAUUGGAGAAAGUUAUAAACACUAAUGUUGUUA